UAUUACCCCAUUUGAUGGUACUUAUUAGAUAUUGAAUUUCUUACAGAUACUCUUCCUGCUUGGUUUAAGUUGGUUAUUGCUGGAUAUCUUAUUACUUCCAGUGUGUCUCAGGAAACCUCAUACUUAUAUACCCGCACAUUAAUCUCAUGGCAUACAGUAUAAAAAAGUGCAGAGUUGCUCUGCACCAGCUCUCAGAUGCUGCAGUCAGGAGUGGCUGGUGCCCUGAGCAGAGCCUCAUUCAAGCAGCAACUGAUGUGUGCAAACUCGAGCCUGAAGCAAUGGAGGGCAGCAGCUCAUCCCUACCCUCCAUCAUGACAGUUUACAUCAAAGAGGAGCCUGAAGAUGAGGGAGAGGACAUAACUGUGAAGGAUGAACCAAUUUGCAGUGAAGAAUAUGAGCAAACUCCACUUCCCUCAUCUUGCAAGCCAUGCAAGGAAGAGGUUCAAGUUGAGGCUCACGAGGCCUGCACCAGCGCCUCACAGUACACUGCUGCAGUGCCUCAUGAGCAGGAUGUCUUGCCAUGCAAUGCCCAGAGCAACAUUGGACAGGAUGAGUGGAUGGGAGUUUCUCCUGAAAACAAGGAAAAAAAUAUUUCUGUUGCUGAGAAAAAUAUAUAUCCAGUGCCCAAUCGAGCAGCUUUAGUCCAGGAAGUUCUCUUUGAUGAGCCUGUGGCUGAGUUCAAGUCUUUUGAGUCAAACUUGCCCAACAAAGACAAUGGAAGAUUAGUGGAGGAAUUGCAUAAAGUUUCCUCAUCCACUGAUUCAUCACAUUCUAACGUUGCUUUUAAUGCCCACCAGUUAAACAAAAAUGAUUUUGGAUCUGAAUUUAAAUGCAAGUUAUGCGACUAUGUAACAGCUGUGAAACAAAAUCUCCAUAGUCACUUGUUUGCAAAAUAUGGUUUGGGGGAAGGAUUCGAAUGUAAGUUGUGUGAUUAUGUAACUGGCGUGCAAACACAACUCAAAAUUCACAUGUUCUCUAAACAUGGUUUAGGGAAGAGAGUAAAAUGUGAUCUGUGUGACUAUGUUACUGCUCGAAAAGACAGUUUCCAACGUCACCUGUUUGCAAAACAUGGUUUGGGGGAAGGAUUCAAAUGCAAUUUAUGCGACUAUGUAAUUGGCGUACAAACACAACUCAAAAUUCACAUGUUCUCUAAACAUGGUGUAGGGAAGAGUGUAAAAUGUGAUCUGUGUGACUAUGUUACUGCUCGAAAAGAAAGUUUCCAACGUCACCUGUUUGCAGAACAUGGUUUGGGGCAAGGAUUUAAAUGUGAUCUGUGUGACUAUGUUACUGCUCAUAAACAAAGUUUCCAACGUCAUCUGUUUGCAGAACAUGGUUUGGGGGAAGGAUUUAAGUGUGAUCUGUGUGACUAUGUUACUGCUGAGAUACAGAAUCUCAGAAAUCACUUGUAUUCUAAACACGGUUCGGGGCAAGGAUUCAAAUGCAAGUUAUGUGAUUAUGCUGCUGGUAGGAAAGAUCUUCUCAGCAUGCACCUUUCCUCAAAGCAUGGUUUGGGAGGCUUAAAAUGCAAGCUCUGUGAUUAUUCUACAGGUGAUAAAUCUCGUUUAAAUGAGCACAUGUUUUCUAAGCACGGGCUGGGUAAAGGAUUUCAAUGCCAGCGGUGUGAUUAUGUCAACUGCAGAAAAGAUUGCCUUGAUAGCCAUAUGUUUAAUAUACAUGGUUUAGGGAAAGGAUUCCCAUGUGAGUUUUGUGAUUAUGUCACUGGUAAGAAAUCUUAUCUAACAAAGCACCUGAAAUCCAAACAUGUUCUGGAUUAUGAAAAAUCUAUUAGUACAAGUAGUGCUACUAUGUCUGCUGACAACCCAAUCUAAACUUUGUUGAGGGUGUUUGGUAAAAUUCAGUUUGUGUGUACGUAUAGGUUGCAGCUGAUAAAUAUCAGAUGAAAUGUGUACAGAUUUAUAGCAGUUGUUUGGUUAAAGUAUUCCAUAUUGAGUUUAGUUGCAAUGCCACAAUCAAAAUUUGAAUGAGACUUGCAAACUAUGCACCUUCCAUGUCAAGAAAUCAAGGUCUUGAUGCUCUGUAAUCUGGUCAAACUUCUCAUAUUGUGCCAGAAUUUUUAAUUUUAAAUAGAAUCUUAUUUAGAUUAGAUAAUGUGAGUGAUGCAUAUCAAUUUUUCUACUCCUAUAAUCAGUAAUUCAGUACUUUGAAAUUUUCAAGAUUAUUUCUACUAAGUACUUAGUCAUUUUCAUUACUCAGUUGGGGGAAGGGCCUCUCCGAAAAUAAACUUCUUAGUCGCAACAAUAGUAGCCUCCAUUUGUAGGCUACUUAUUUAAAUUUGCCAGAUUAAAAUAACAUUUGCCAGUUUGAAUGUACCGGUAGUUGAGGUUUGUGACAAGGAUUUCUUGAUGUGAAUUUUUAGCUUACAUAUUUGACUUGGUAGGUUAGUCUCCCAAUCUUAAGCUAUAGGUACCCUCUACUCCUGGAGUUGGAAGAAAAAAUAUAUAUAUUUUACUUCUGACUAAAUACAUAAGAUUUUAUGUGAUCAAAA